UCUGUGUCCAACUCACUUAACUGCGACCGAGCCUGCAACCCGCGCAUGGGUAACUUGGCAAAGGGCAGAGUUGUGACCAGUCGCUCCGAGUGCGGCGCCAAUUCCUCAGAGCGCUUUUGCGUCUUCAACCAUGCAGCGGUAGUUCCCCGUAGUCGCCGCCCGAGGGAGUUCUGCUCGCUGCCACCUGCAUGCGGCAAGUGCAACGCAUCCAUCACUGGCCAGGCGCACCCCGCAUCGGCCAUGAGCGACUCAUCGUCCCUUACGUGGUGGCAGUCGGCAGCGGGCGUGGACGAGGAGACGCUGCGUCUAGACUUGGAGACGGAAUUCAUCUUCACGCAUCUAAUCGUAGUGUUCCGCUCUCCGCGACCCGCCGCUAUGGUGCUGGAGCGCUCCCAGGACCGCGGACGCACAUGGAGCCUCCUCAAGUAUUACGCACGAGACUGCGUAGAUGCGUUCGGAUAUUCAGAGGGGUUGCUUGCCGGGGAGAGCGGUACGACGUGUACGUCCAAAUAUUCGGGAGCGUUUCCUUGCACCGGUGGAGAGGUGAUCUAUCGGGCCCUGCCAACCUGGAACUCUGUGGACCCUUAUAGCCCAACUGCACAGGAGCAACUUCUUAUCACCAACCUGAGGGUUCGUUUAUUGCGGCGCCAACAGUGUCCCUGCCAGGCCAAGCUGCCGGGAGCAGCUCUGCUGCCCACCGACCAUUACGCCAUUUCUCACUUGGUCAUUAAAGGCAGCUGUCUGUGCAACGGACACGCUGAUCAAUGUGUGCCAACCGAGGGCCUCCGGCGUAGCCCGCAGCAGACUGUGGACAUGGUUCAUGGCAAAUGUGUGUGCAGACACAACACAGCCGGUGACCACUGCGAGCGCUGUGCACCGCUAUAUAAUCAACAACCCUGGCGAGCAGCCAAUGGCAUCAGUGGGAUGCCACAUGAGUGCCAGAAGUGCAAGUGUAAUGGCCAUGCCAGGAGAUGUCACUUCCACCGUGGACUGUGGUUAGCAUCAGGCCGGCGGAAUGGAGGCGUGUGCGACGACUGCCGCCACAACACGGUGGGCCGACACUGCCAGAACUGUAAAAAGGGUUUCUUUAGGGAUCCCAGUCUUCCAAAAACAGCAAAGGACUCCUGCAAACCCUGUUCGUGCCAUGGUGUUGGCUCUGUCUUCACGGGGGGCUUGGCCCUGUGUGACCCUGCCAGUGGUCAGUGCCCAUGUAAACCAGGUGUGGGUGGUCCCCGCUGUGACCGCUGCGCAGUGGGACACUGGGGGCUUCACCAAUAUGGCUGCCAGCCAUGUGACUGUCCGGAGCUGUGUGACCCUUAUACUGGUGACUGCAUUGCUGGCUCACAGGUGCAGGCCACAGGGCAACACAAGGACAGUAAUGAAGAUGCCUCACACUUCAGACCAGAGGAGUUUUUCUCUGCACUGCACCAUUCUGAGAAAUGCAAAUGUGUCGAAAUGACCCUGAGCAACCACAAACUCUUUUGUGCAGCUGAAUAUGACUAUGUACUGCUGGGCAAGGUGAUGUCAGCUCACGAUAAAGGCUCCCAUGCUGAGGUUGAAGUCAAGGUGAAGAAGGUUUUGUACCAGAGGCCUCAUGUGAAGAUCCAGAGAGGAAUUGUUACCCUUCACCCGGAACCCUGGACCAGGCGAGGAUGUACUUGUCCCAUCCUUAAUCCAGGCUCUGAAUACCUGGUGGCUGGCCAUGAGCUCUGGAGAAAUGGCAGACUCAUUGUGAACGGCAAGAGUCACGUUUCACCAUGGGUGUCCAGUCUGAGCCGCAAGAUCAUCCACAUGCUCCAGAGAGACUGCAGACUGCGGUAA